GGAACACGCCAACGGUUAAAGGCCAGCGAUUUCGACAACGUCACCAAGGAUUUGCUCACCACUGCCACGUCUAUCUACCGCUGUCUAGUCGUGACUCGCGCACCUUUUCCAGAGACACUGAUCAUUGAGACCAAGCUAGCAAAGGAUGCCUGGCGUGAGGCGUCUAACAUGGCAGAGCUUACCAUCCAACUGACCCCUUCUCUUGUCAAAAUGAUGACGAGGCGCACAUCACAAGUGCGCGGGGAGCUUAAAACAAAGAUGCGCCCACUGACGGCCUCGUUCUUUGGCUUCCGUGCAAGCAGAUCUAUACCCGCCAUCAAGCAAAACCGUGACCUGGCUGAGUCUCUCAAGGAAGGAUCGCGUUUUGUUUUUAAGGACUGGGAAAUGAAAUGUGGCAUAUACAAGACCGGAUUAAUCCAGGAGGCGAUGAAUGAUAUGUGGUUCGCAAACCGAAGUGACGAGGGUAUAGUAUAUGCUAAAUACUUCGAUCCUUUACCCGUUCAAACCAUUGCGCUUAUACUCACAGCAAUUGAAUGCUGCAUCGACGAGUGGAUGACUGGAGUAAAGGAGGACAUCAAAUUUUCAUCGCUUGCUUACUCCCCGGUCUACCUUCUCCAUCUCAACUCCCUGCGGCGGUUCGACGAGCGGACUGCUGCUUACAAACUGCUCGGUAAAAUUGGUGUCAAUCUUCUCGACGUCGCUCGG